AUGAAUGACAUCAAAGUCGCAGUUCUGGGCAGCGAAGGGACAGGAAAAUCUGCCCUGACAGUGCGCUUCCUCACCAGGCGUUUCAUUGGAGAAUAUGCUUCGGAUUCUGAGUGCAUCUAUACAAAGCAUAUGUGUCUGGAUGGAAAGCAAAUCCACCUGGAAAUAUACGAUCCUUGCUCACGACCUCGGCGAGGAAAGCUGUCCCUCACGGAUGAGUUCCACUGGGCAGACGGAUUUGUCAUUGUGUACGACAUCAGCAACAGAACCUCCUUUGCGUUUGCAAAGGCCCUGCUGUGCAGGCUACGGGAAUGCCACACAGGGACUUGCAAAAGAGCCUCUGAGUCCACUGUCAUUUUGGUUGGGAACAAGCAAGAUCUGUGCCACAUGCGAGAAAUUGGCUGGGAUGAAGGACAAAAGCUGGCCCUGGAUUACAAAUGCCACUUCUGUGAACUGUCUGCAGCAGAACAUUGUCAGGAGGUGGCAACCAUGUUCAUGAAAAUCUUGAAGAAUCUUACCUCUACUUCCAAAGGAAAAGAGAAAAGACGCCCGAGUGGGUCUAAAUCCAUGGCCAAACUGAUUAACAAUGUGUUUGGCAAGAGAAGAAAGUCUGUUUAGUGCCAUGUUCUGAGAAGAAGGAAGAUGUGCAGAAAAGGGACCCAAUCCCCACAGACCAGCAGCUUGGUCUUGUAGAACUCCAACCGAAAGGAGACUAUAGAACAAUACUGAAUUAUUCACAGAAUUUUCUCCUGAGGUCUCAUCAACUGAUGGACCUCAAGGAAAGGCGGAUGCUCUCCACUGAAUGGUAUAGUGUUUGAGGUGACAGCAGACAAUGCAAAAGUUCUGCCUGUGGUGACGAAACUUUGCCGGUGGAUCCACACAUGCAUUUUUGCCACUAUCACCAAUGGGGAGGCAACCUGGGCUGCCUUGAUCCACCUAAACUAAGUCAUGACUAAUCGUCCAUUGAGGGCAAUGGGUCCUGCGUUAAUCAUCAGACCGAAGCUGGUUGGUUCAGAGCCAGCAAGUGUGAGGGAAGCAAAGAAGCUGUGCUUGGCAGUGACUAGCUCACAGGGACUCUACAUAUUUUGGGUCUGCUCUAGAUUGAAUAGUAACCUGGUGUAUGAAUGUUAUUUUCACCCUGCACUGUGGGGUAACAGGCUCACAUUCUGUACUGUUAACUUAGUAAAUCUGUAGACCUUUCCUUCCAGGACAUUGCCACAAAGUGCCUGGUCUAAAACGUCCUUGAAUUUCAUCCUCCUGACUCAUAGUCUCCCACUCCAUAAACCAAACCAUGCCCAGGGCACAAAAGUACCCCAGGAACUCUAUAGGAAUAGUUAUAUGGGGUACUUUUACACUGCAAACAAUAGGUACUCAAACAGAGGAACAAGAGAAGGUUCAGUACAAAUUAUCUUGGAUUCUUUUUGAAGCUAAGAUUCAUAAUAAAAUUCUUCAACAAACAGAAUUAAAAUCCAUUGAGGGAAAACUUUGCUUUGAUUUUUUAGAAGUUAGUAGGCCAAACUAUUAUGCAGAUUUUCUUGUUUUGCAUAGCCUCAGGAAGGAUUCAGCCUAAAAUUACCUGUAUUUGCUGGUAGCUGAAUGCCAUUCUUGUACUGGUUGCAACUUCCCAAGUGGAAAAUUUUAGCCAACACUAAGGCUUUUCCAAUGCAACAUUUUCCAUGCUUUUGUCUGGGGUCACAAAGAACCCCAGUUGAGACUCAUGCUAGUUCCUUGUUGACACGGGAUGUCCCUUCCCCUGCUUCCCCUCCUGUGUGCUUUCAGUUGUACAGAUUAGAAUAUAUUGGGCAGAGACUGUCCAACUGUGCUGAAAGCAAUAUUGCCUAAUGCCAGCUAAACUUCUAGGUAUUCCAUAGUUUCAGCAAUAAC